CCGCUUGCGGCCCCGUUGGUUCGGUCGUGCGUCUGCGGCGCGGCUUUGUAUCAGGGUGCCUGGAAUGGAUUUGGGGUUGAGUUUGGGGAGCUUUUGUGCUCUUUUGUCGGCUGAGACGGGGGAUCCUUGAGAGCGAAUGUCGAAGCACAAUCGGCUGCCUUGCGAUUUACUUUUGUUUACUGCUUGGUUUCCUACUACCAAAUCCGAUUUGCAUGUCUGGAACGAGGCAGCGGACGGCGACAGCUUAAGGUCACAGGUCUGAUCCUGAUAAUGGAGCUGGCACUGCUAAAUUAGAUGUCGUAGUACUGACAUUUUAGCACACGCAGUUACAUGGUAGUCGAAUUCGUGUUCGUCGUCCUGGCCCCGGCUCGGAGCACACCUCCCCCAACGCUCCUGCAUUUCAUUUCGGCAUUUCGUCGAACUGUCAGAGGAUGCGAUGGCGUACACUUUAUUUGGAUUGGGGAGAGGAGCAGCAGCUCCUGGACGUGCAAAUGCGCUUCUAUUUCAAACAUGUAUCCGUUGUCAUUCCUUACCAAUCUGAUCCCAUCUUCCUGCAAUGUAUUAGAUUCAUCAUGUCCUUAAUAUGUUAAACAAAAAAAACAUUAAAACUACAUUUGACAAUGUCGAAUACUAAGUCGAGUACCCUUUGUCUGUGCAAGUUUUGAACCAUAUGUUGCCAAUAUGGGCUGCUAUGGCUUUUGUAUUUAUGCAGUGCUGCCUCUUCACUUCGUCAGAUAUACCAAAAUCAGCACCUGGUCCAACCGUGCACAAACUAGAAAGUAGAAAAGGGGGCAGGUUAAUUGUUUUGGGGGAGUGGUGUGUGAGAGGAUGUACUAGGAAAAGUUAGUGGAUACUCGGUUUCAGGACAAUUUGUAGUGGAUACAAAGAGGUUCAUUUUGUUCCAGACCCAUUAAUCAUGCCUUUAUGAACAUAUUGAUAUAUUUCAUUGUGAUGUUGCUGUAUGGCAUUGUAAAGGUACUGUACUAAACUAGGGGCACAUUUGAUUCUCCACCUUUUUUUAAUCGCGAAGUAUGUGACUGUAACUUGUUCCUUUCUUCUGAGUGAAGGUUGGCAUCUGUGAGAUUGAGGCUAGUCACAUUUUGUUAUCUUUAAGAAUAAGGAACAUCAAUAUCACCAAAAGUAAUUUCCUCAAUGGAGCUUGAAGCUGAUUUAAAUGAUGAAGAUGUUAGCUCAAAUAAUGGAUUACAAGAGUUGUGGCCACUUGGCGAAAUAGACCCAAAGAGAGCAAGGUUCCCGUGCUGCAUUGUCUGGACUCCUCUUCCUGUAGUUUCAUGGCUUGCCCCUUACAUAGGGCAUGUUGGAAUCUGUCAGGAGGAUGGGGCUAUCUUGGAUUUUGCCGGUUCAAAUUUGGUGAGCGUGGAUAAUUUUGCUUAUGGUUCAGUCGCCAGAUACCUCCAGCUUGACAGAAAGAAGUGCUGCUUUCCUGCUAAUCUUGCGGCUCAUGUAUGUGAGCGGUCGUACAAUCACUCAGAAGUUGGAGCUGCGAUAUCAUGGGAUGAUGCUCUUCAAUCGGGCAUGAGGCGCUUUCAACACAAGUUUUACAAUCUGUUCACCUGCAAUUGCCAUUCAUUCGUGGCAAACUGCCUGAACCGUGUCGCCUACAAUGGUUCUGUGGAGUGGAAUGUUUUGAAUGUGGCGGCCCUUGUUUGGUUUCAUGGCCGAUGGGUGGACAAAAUGUCUGUUGUUCGGUCAUUCUUACCUUUCUUAACUGUAACAUGCAUCGGUAUUUUAAUGGCUGGUUGGCCUUUCCUUGUAGGGAUGGCAGCAUUCUCAGCUCUUUUGAUUGGAUGGUUUAUUUUUACAGUAUGCUGUUUUAAGGGCUUGGUAUGUUGAUUGAUUUAUAUAGAACUUUUUGAAUGAACCCGCAAAGAAUUCUUGAAGGAACACUGAAAUUACUAUCA